CCUUCUGGUUUGUCCCAUUCCCGACAGUCAACACUAUUCUUCCACGUACAAUGGCGCGACAGGACAGUUCCUUUGAUGGAGGAGCAGGGUUAAACAAAUAUGUUCUUACCCUACUGCUGUUGGCUGGUAUUACGCUAGCCAAGGUCGCCUACACUGGCUUGACAUGUCGUACAAAGCACCUUCCCGGACCGUGGUACACGCGAUUUACUCACUUACGCCUGAAGCGAGCCGUUGUGACAGGUCGUCGAGCUUUUUAUAUCCACGACCUUCACCAGAAAUAUGGACCAAUUGUCCGCCUCUCGCCUGACGAGGUCGCGGUAGCUGAUCUAAACGCUUUCAAGGAGAUCCAUAAGAUUGGCUCUGGAUUCCUCAAGAGCACGUGGUAUGAACGUCUUGCCAAUUUCCCCAAAAAAGGCAUGUUCACUAUGAUCGACCCUAAGGAGUAUGCGUCACGAAGGAAGCUGUUGUCGGGAUCGUUCAGCAAGUCAUACCUAAUGACGCAUUGGGAGUCCACGAUUCGCGAAAAAGUGAAUCUUUGCGUAUCUAAGAUCAAAGAUUCAGCAACGCAGAAUGGCACGGCUGAUGUGUAUAAUUGGUGGAUGCUGUUGGCUUCAGAUGUCACCGCUCACUUGGCAUUUGGAGAGUCUUUUGGGAUGUUGGAAGCUGGCAAGGCCAACCAAUUCAUGCGUGUUCUCAAGAAAUUGACCAUGGGAGCUGGUAUUAUGGUGGAACUUCCGUUCCUCCGACUUCUUGGUUUCAUCCCUACCGCCAACAUGCAGGAGAUGUUUAAUGGAAAUGAUUACAUCCUCAAAGGAGCUGAUCGGGCAGUCGAGCUAGCACGAACCCGUACAGGCGAGAACAACGUCUUUGCCAAAGUUAUCCAGGAGGGCGAAAAGGAAGGUGAUGGCCGUAUUGACGAUAUGGAUGUUCGAAUCGAAGCUUCAAACAUCAUCAUUGCUGGCACGGAUACCACCGGCGUCACUCUGACCUACCUCACAUGGGCAGUACUACAACGGCCGGCGUUGCAAAAGGUCCUGGAGGAAGAGGUCGCCACUCUCCCCGAAGAUUUCAAGGAGAAGGAUGUCACUGAGCUUCCACUUUUGAAUGCAAUCAUUGAAGAAACACAUCGACUGUAUGGUGCUGCUCCUAGCAGUCUUCCACGCGUGGUUCCCAAGGGAGGCAGCCAACUCGGAGCCUACUUCAUUCCGGCCGAAACCACGGUUUGCACACAGGCUUAUACUAUCCACCGUGACCCUAACAUUUGGACCAACCCUUUGACCUUCAACCCUUAUCGCUGGCUCCCUGGUGAGGAUGGUUCACCGGCUGAGGCUCUUUCAGCAGACGCCAAAAUUGCCUUUCACCCGUUCGGAGUGGGACAGCGAUCUUGCGUGGGGAUCCAUCUUGCGCGGAUGGAGAUGAGAUACGCAGUCGCUUUUAUGUUCAGAGAAUGCAAGGGAUUGAAGCUGGCUCCGAGCACCACGCCCGAGACGAUGGAAUUCGAGAACUUCUUUUUGAUUACGCCGAAAGGGCAUCGCUGCGAUGUGCAGUUUGCAUGA